CUAUCAUACAAUAGAAGUCAAUAAUGAUGUUUGAAAAUAUUUUAUAUUAAAUCAAAAAAUUCAUUUGGCAUUAAAAAUUUAAACUCUUAUUUCCACCAUAAUGUAUAACGUAAAAGUGUCAUCAAAGGAUGAAAUUCGAUUGUUAACUGAUAAAAACGAACUUUAUUCAUACCGCAAAGUGCACAGAAAGGACAGUUCUCAGAACUGCAGUUAUUUAGGAGAUACAAUACAUUACUUAUCGCCAGCUACAUCAGGAACAAAUACAGUAUGUGAGGGAGACUUUUUCCGUUAUCUAGAUUUCUUUCCACCUGAACCUGAUGUAUUAUUACCACCAACUUAUCCUUCAACCACUUCAACUUCAAUUUCCUGCAUAGAACCCAAUUAUCAAAGAACUAUUUGCUUAAUUAAACCAGAAGCUAUGGAAUUUAAAGACGUUGUUUUAAGAGAGAUAUUCCAAUCAGGAUUAGAUAUAAUUUCUCAAAGAAAAGUUCAUUUGACUGCUGAACAAGUUUCCGAAAUCUUUUCUCAAUAUUAUGGAACUUAUUUAUUCCCUCAUAUUAUACUGACUCAUAGUAUUGGACCAAUGCUAGUUUUGUCUAUCGGUGGUUUGAACGCUAUCGAGAAAUGGAAACAAUUAGUUGGUCCCAAUAAGAUACUAAGAGAAGAGUGGUUUUUUCCAUAUAGUGUAAGAACUAGAUUUGGAUUACGUGAGGAUUACCCUGAUGUAUUGCACGCCUCUGAAAAUGCGUUAGACUCAAAAAACGAAAAUAUAUAUUUCUUUCCCAGAAAUAUCUUAGAACCAAUUAUGUGUGAUCACGAAAAAGUAGUAGAUUAUCUUACUUUACACAUUAAUAAAACUCUAGAAAAUGGAUUACUUGAAGUUGUAAAAGCCAAACCGCUUGAUCCCGUGAUAUUUUUGGCAGAGUGGUUACUAAAGCAUAAUCCUUAUCAACCUCAGUAUCCUGGAAAUAUUCAUUUAGCUCCAACGUAAUUAAUUACACAAGCAAACACAAAUUUUAUACUAUAUAUUUGUACUACUCAAUUACAUUUCCUAAAAUUUCAAAUAAAUUCUCCCAAUACUUA